AUCUCUCCCGACGAUGAUUAGCUUACAUGCAGCAGUGACGUGAGAUCAUGCUGUCCUAAUCACAAUUUUAGAUCUAUAAAAUAAUACAUUCAUAAAUAAAAAAGGAUUUUAUUUUGACUAUUGACUUUUUCUAUAAACCGCCACAUCCUGCCGCCAGGAGGCGCUCGGCGCUGUGAACGACGCCAUUACGUGAUUUUCGUGCAGUCCAAAAAUCACGCGACUUUUUCUCAAUUCAAAAUUUUGCAACUAAAGUAAGAAAAUUACGUUGAUAUGGGUAAAAGGAAGCGGUCAGACGAUUCUAGUGUUGAAAAACUAUUAAAAAAGGUGAAAAAGUUAGUGAAAAAGAAAAAACGACGAAUUUCGUCAUCUUCCUCGGAAAGUUCCUUGUCAGGCAAUGAGCCGGAAAUUACCGACGAUAUUCCGAUCCCGGAUGAACUUAAUCUUGUGGCUUCGAGCCCCGAAGGCCCUGAAGAGGUCUCAACUGAAGUAGCCCUGGACCCAGAAGUCCUAAACCUUCUCGGCUCAGACCCGUCAAGUACCAAAGUGUAUGGAGAUAACCUCCACAAAGACUUAGCUACUAGGUGGCGCCAUACGCUUAUUUAUGGCUUGGCGAAAGAGGAGAAAGCAGACAUGUUGCAGAUAUACCUGCCACCUGAAAACUGCCAACAGAUGAAGGCUCCUAUUUUAAACCCAGAGAUAAAAUCCGCCAUCUCCGAAGUAAAUGUAAAAAAGGACAUCUACAGCGAGUCCAAACAGAAUCAGAUGGCCAGCUGCAUCGCAGCAAUUGGGAAGGCCCUUAGUUUGACCUUGCCGCUCACUGGGCAAGUACCUCAAGAAUUAAUAAAAACCUUAAGCGAUGCAGGCAGGUUGCUGUGUGACACCCAUUACAGGGAGUCUCUGUCACGAAGAUUUGCUAUUGUCAAUGUACUAAGUAAACAGAAGAGAGACAUCCUAAAGAACACAAAGAUAGAUAAUUACCUCUUCGGCACCGACCUCUCUGAGCAGUUAAAGUCAUCAAAAGCCAUAAACCAGUCCGCUUCGGAGCUGAAGUUGAGUACCAACAAACCAUUCAAUCAGCAGCGGACACAGCAAUUUCACCGGCAAGGACCUUUAAACGCAAGGGGGGCACCGCGGGCGCCGGCCACCGAGCAGCGGGUGCAUCCCCAACCUCGGCGCCCUCCACCAGCACCGCCAGCACAGCGGGAACAGCGCCGCGGGACGGCGACUCGACCACGGGCCUCGAACUACUCGCAUCCUCGCCGCCGCUAGCGCAACCACCACAGAGAGGCGCAUCCCCUCCACAGGGACCUCAAAUUGAUGGCCGGGAAAUUAUCAAGCAAGCAUUGCUAAGUCGUGGAGCCCCGGAAGAGUCACUUGAUAUUAUGAUGGCCUCUUUCUCUAAAAAUACCUUAACUCAAUACAACCAUAUUUUAAAGUCUUGGUGGCAAUAUUGUAGUAAUAAGGGUACUGACUACCGGCACUCAGAUACUAAACUAUUUAUAACCUUCUUAACUGAAAAUUUUAACUCAGGUGCUUCUUAUAGCACGUUAAAUAGCUAUCGUUCAGCACUAUCCAUAAUCUUGGGCCAAGAGGUAACUUGUAAUGAUGCAACUAAACGAUUUUUUAAAGGUGUGUACCGCAUAAAACCACCUGCACCUAAAUAUAAUACUACUUGGAACCCUAUCUUAGUACUUAAUUAUGUAGUUGAUUAUUUACCUAAUGAGUCUAUAUCAUUGAAAGAUUUAUCCCAUAAAACUGUAACUCUCUUAGCUAUAGCAUCCGCGCAAAGAAUGCAAACUCUAUCCCUUAUUAAGAUAAGAAAUAUUUUAUUUGAACAUGAAAAAAUUCUCAUAAAAAUUGAUGACCUAAUAAAAACUUCAAGGCCAGGAUAUGUUCAGCCCUUAAUCGCACUGCCAUAUAUCCAAGAAAAUCCAAAAAUUUGCCCUGCCUCAGCCCUAAAAUGCUAUUUAGAUAAAACAUCACAUCUUCGAAACCAGGAACAGUCACUGUUUAUCAGUUACCAAAAACCCCACAAAAGAGUGAGCUCACAAACUUUAUCUCACUGGGUAAAAUACACUUUGGAAAAAAGUGGUAUAGAUAUAAAAUUGUAUGGUGCGGACAGUACGCGACACGCAUCAACGUCUGCUGCUCAUAGGGCAGGCGUCAAUCUGGAGGUUGUUCGCAAAGCAGCCGGCUGGUCGGAAUCCUCACAUGUUUUCUUGAAGUACUAUAAUAGGGAUAUUACCUCUGCUGACACCCAAUUUGCGGAGUCACUGCUCAAAUGAUAUUAUUUGUAAGACUGAUUAUGUUACUCUGUCCAAUAAGGCUGAUUUUGUUAUUCUUCCCAAUAAGACUGAUUAUGUACUACUUUGCCUAAUUAUUAUGAUACACAGGGCUAUAACUCUAUUAAACAGGAAUUUGAUUGUAAUUAUCGCUGUGAUAUUUGAUUGUAAUUAUUACUGUAAGAGAAGAUAUAUCUAUGUUUUUUUAAGUUAACUUUAAUAAAUGCUGUUUCUUCUGAUUA